UUGAAGAUCAUUUUGUCCUCAUCGUUGGCUGUUGUUUAACAUCAUACAAUCAACAAUUCAUGUUUACAAAAUGGAACAAAAAAUGAAAUUAAAUGUUAAAAGUUUCUCAAGUCAUAGCAAGUUUCAGCAGCGCUACAUACACAACUAAGCAUUACAUUCCUUACUGCACUUCCAUUCAGUGAAAAAAAGGUUUUUUGUACAGAAGAGAAAACAAAUUUAGAGUGAAAGAAAGAAAAAAAAAAUGAAAAAAUUGAAAAUUUCAUAAUAAGAUGUGAAUAUAAUUAAGGAAAAAAAUGAAAUUGCGUAGCUUAAUAUUAGUUUUAAUAGUUCUAUUUUAUAAUGUAACGACGAUAGUAGCAUUACGAAUUGACGGAUCAUUUCAAACAAAUAAGUUUUUUAAAUUUGUCAGCAAAUUUGGAUUUAUCAAAUUUGAAAAACAUCAGACUAAGUCCAGCAAUGAGUAUGGAUUUAUCUAUGGGAACGUAACAUCUGAGCAGUCCUUUCCAAAAGGAGUGUCAGUAACAUUAGCAGUCCUAGAUCGUCAUCAUUUCUUAGAGUUUUAUGGAAAUAGAACUGUAACAAAUCGGAACUUAGCAUGUAGAAAAAUGUUUGCUAGGCUUAAUGCCACAUCAUAUGAUGCCAAAUGUAAUCGUGAUGCAAGAGGUGAUUAUUUGAGACGAGUGCCAUGUAAUCACAGUGGUCUAUGUAGUGAUGAAGAUUCACCUUCAAAUGUGAUUAAAGACAGUCAAUUUACUUUCGUAAUAAGCAACCAGAAUCAGCCAAGAUUUUGGUAUAUAUCGUUUGUAGCAUGUUAUCGUAAUGAAACGACAUGUGAAUGGGAACAUUAUAAUGGACUUCCGCAUAAAAUUGAUUAUCAUUUGGACUUGGUGAAUGGACAUCCGAUAAAAGAGCAGAAUUACUACAGUCCAUUCAUUUAUCAUUUUUCGUAUGACAAACAGAAUAUACUUGAGCAAUGUCUCAUAUUUUUCACAAUCUAUAUCGUCUUAGUGCCCAUACAAAUUAUCGGAAGUAGAAAACAAAAUCAUCCUGUUACCAAAUUAUUUACAACGAGUCUUGUAAUGGAGUUUAUUAGUAUAUGCUUUAUACUUAUACAUCUAAUCUCGUUUGCAUCAGAUGGACGAGGAAAUGAAGGAUUGAAAAUAGCUGGAGAUAUUUUCGAUAUUCUAAGUCGAACAUCAUUCAUGUUAAUUUUAUUACUUUUAGCUAAAGGAUGGGCAGUGACGAGAUUAGAGAUAUCAGCUGCAAGCUGGAUUGCACUGAUCUUUAUCUGGAUUUCGUAUCUUAUAUUAAAUUUCAUAUUAUAUGUAUGGAAUAUGACUGAAAUUGAUGUUAUAUCGGAUAUAGACGAGUUCCAAACAUGGCCAGGAUUUCUCGUUCUCAUUAGCCGUUCCUGUAUAAUGUUAUGGUUUUUGUAUGAAUUAAGAACAACCAUGAAAUAUGAGCAUUCGACGAAAAAGCUCGACUUCCUUCUACACUUUGGAGCAUCAUCUCUCGUUUGGUUCAUUUAUCUUCCGAUCAUAGCUGUAAUAUCAAUGUCAGUGUCAGUAUUUUGGCGAUAUAAGCUUCUUCUGGCUGUCAUUAAUUCCGUUGAUUGUCUUGCAUAUUGUGUAAUGAUGGGUCUUCUAUGGCCAAAUCGGAGUGGCCAAUAUCUCUUACUGGCAGGUCCAAAUACUCUUCGCAUUGACGAACUUGAUGAAUUUAAUGAGGCUCCACAUAAUAAUCGCGAAAUUUAUCGAGACGAAAUUCCAAAUGAAAACAGCGAGGACAUGGAAACGCUUGUAUCAACUAACGAUUUGUUAACAAAUAAUUCUCAUAAUGUGAACGAUACACUAUUAUUAAUUGAAAAUGGUGAUUUAACAGACAGAAACGAUAGUAAAAAAAUUUUUACGUGAAUUAAAAAUGUAUCGUAGUGAUAACGAUUAUCAUGCGGAUUUACGAUACGAUUAGAAUUUUGCACUCAAUCGUCUAUGCUUGAUAAGAAACAAUUCAUCAAAAUAACAGUAAAUUCAUUAAAUUUAUGAUUUUGUUUACAAGCAAAACUAUUGCUUCCAUUUAUGAAACAUUGAUUGUGUUAUUAAACGAAUUUAAGUUGAUUAUAUUCAUAAAAUUAAGGAUAAAGAUUAAGAUGAUGUGCAAAUAAUUCCAUGAUUGGAAUCAUCCAAAUUUAUUUUAUAUUCUUAAUUAGUGACACUGGUUCUUUUUGUAUGAUCAAUAAAGAGAGUGUUGUUGGAGUUUAAAAGAGUCAUGUAAAAGUCAAAAAAUAAUAAAAAAAAAAAAUUAAUUCAUUCCUUGUAAAGUUUAGUGAUUCAAAUUGAGAUUAAGAUCAAUAAUUGUACAAAUGUAAUUUUUUAUGUUGUUUGAUAUAUAAAAAGGUAUUAAAAUGAUCAAGUGUUGGUUUUGUGUCGGUGUUAUCUGACUUUUUGUAAUAAACAAUUUGAACUGGAAUCGAGUCAAGCACUUUGAGCAACAUCACAACUAUCUUCAUUAUCAUUACAGUCAGAAAAAUUCAAACAAAGCCAUUCACUUAAUCAUUAUUAUUUAUCUCUGGUGAUUCUUUGAUGGCAACGAGUUAGCAGCUGCACUUCCGCAAACAGAAGAACCCAAAUAAAUAUUUAAAAAAAAAAUUGUAAUAUAAAAAGAGAGAAAUUUGCUUUGUGGCAGUUCUAUGCACAUGUUUUUAUAAUUUCUGAACCUAUCAGCACUUUACUGCAAGUGUCACAAUGCUCAUUUAGCUUAUAAUUUACUACAUGCAACGUGAAACCUGUGAA